AUAAGAACUUGCUAUACGACUCGUCCAGGACCACCGGCCUCGCGGUUUGAGUACCAAGGGACAUCGCUUGAUCAUUCGAAUAAUACCCAUUCGACUAUAUACAAUACCCCUUUGUUCUCGGGCGACCGAGAGCAAGAUUCUAACACCCGCUGCAACUCUCUUUCAUCUGCUUCAGCAUGUCCGCAGCGCCCCAAGAACUCGAAUCAUCCCUGGCCAAGCUGUCUAUAGACCCGCAGCCCUCGAAAUCAUCAUCCGCCUUCAAGAAGAAGCAGCAAGCCGUCGCUGACUCCUGGGAAGAUGAGGAAUCCGACUCGGGGGAGGACACAGACCGGCCCAUCUCUCCGCAGCAAUCCAAAGACUACCCGGCGGCCCCGCCUCCCACGCCCAUUUCUCCCUCGACCUCGACUUCCGAAUACGAGAGCUUCAUAAACCCUUAUGGAUACAGCCCCGAUGCGAGUCCCAGUGCGAGGAGCGAACGACCGGGUGCGAGACCACAGAAGACAGAUGCGGUGGCCAAGAGGAUGAUUGCAGGGGCAUUGGGAUUGAAGGCUCCUAAGAAAACCGAGGAGCAGAGGGCGUAUGAUAGGGCUGUGAAGGAGAAGGAGAUGAAGAGGAGGAAUUUGGAGAAAGAGGCCGCCGCUAGAGCGAAGGAGGAGGCCGAGAAGGCUAAGGCCGCUGUGUGGAGUGAUUAGGCGUCAACGUUGAGUGUGAAGUUUAGGGCACGUACGGGCUUCCCGGUUUGGUAAUACCUUAAUGCAUACGGCGGCGUUUGGGGGUAACUGGUAUGGUGGCGUACUGGGAAUUGCUGGGUGAGGGGCC